AAAUGACAUAUUACAAUUUUAUUGUUCAUUGUUAAUAUGCAGGCUACGUUAACUACUAAGCCGGAACCCGUUGCCACGGUGACAGUAAACAGUCCUAUGGUCCAAACUUUUGAACACAACUGUACACGCAGAAACAUGUCAUCCACUGCAGCAGGGGGCGCCGGUGAAAAUGAAUCCUGCGCGUUUUAAAGCUAAACCGGAAGCAUUGACUCGGUCAUAUUGUUGCCACUCGGUUCGUUUACCUCGGUAAAAUAUGCAUAUUUCACUUCCCUAGGACUUUAUUUCUUAAUUGUAAAAUCCGUGUACCGCCCUGCACACUUAGAGAACCGGUAUUCCGUCAUGUCGGGGACUCAGCUGCUCAGAGUGCUGGUCAACGAGCGGCUGGCUGCGGCCGCCGAGGAGAUCUUUGGACUUUUCGAAAAGACCAUAGCAGAGUAUCAGGAUGAAGUUGUCCGCUCCAAGAGAGAAAUCGUCCACCUGACACAGCAGGUGGAGCAGCUGACCGCCUUAAAAGCUGAAAUGUCAUUAAUCACAGCAGACACCCAGUCAGCCAGUGAGGAAGCACUUCCUUCACAGCAGCCAGACCAGAUUCCCAUUGUGGAGAAGAAUGAAACCCAUUGCCCUCAGGAGGUUAAAGAGGAGCAGUUGGAUCUCUCUAUUAUCCCAAACCAGGAGGCUGAUUCUUCUGAGGAUGUGAAAGUCAGACUUUCUGGAUCAGAAACAACUACUCAGACUGACUACCAGCUGUUCCCAACUUACAGCACUAUAACUGUGACACUGGACAACGACGAUGAGUGGAAUGGGAGUGAAGGCUCCGUUUCACACGGCGCUUCUUUUAUGGCUCAGGAACAAGCGCAGAAUGACAAGAGGGCUUGCCGUUUCUGUGGCAAGCAGUUCAAGAAGGACUCUGCUCUGAUCAGACACAUGGAUGAGAUUCACAUGGGAGAGAGGGCCUUUAAAUGCUCUGAAUGUGACAAGAAGUUUGCUCGUAGGGAUCAUCUGGCCGUGCAUUUAAGAAUCCACACAGGAGAAAAGCCACACACGUGUUCUUUCUGUGGAAAAUCAUUUGCUCAAAGUUCAAAUCUCAAUGUUCACUUGAGGAUGCACACAGGGGAAAAGCCAUAUUUUUGCAAAUCGUGUGGCAAAAUGGUUGCCCACACCUAUCAUCUCAAAACGUGUGGCAUUACAGACACCACAGGGGUAAAGUCAUUUCGCUGUUCGGUUUGUGGCAAAAAAUUCCAUACUGCUUUGAAACUGAAGGGACAUAUGAACAUCCAUGAAGCAUUGAAAGCGCAUGCCACUGUCUAGUCUUUUACCUGAUGACAAGACUGAAUUGACAUUUCAUUUCUAAACAUUCAUUAUUUGUUUCUGUGAACAAAUCGGAAAUGUAGGUGGUGAUUCACUGGCCUGGAGCCUGACUCGCUCGCACAAGUCUUAUGUCUGGAAACCAAUAUGGAGCCUCUUCAGGGGAAAAAGAAAAGCUGUCAGAAAAAAUGUCCUCUGCUUCAGACCACAACCUUUUGAGUCCAGUGAUAAAAAUCUGGGCUGCAACCAAUUAAAGGUUUAUUCAUUGCAACUACAAGCAGCUAAUGAAUAAUUGAACAUUGAUGAGAAGAUGGUAGAUUAAGGUGUGAGGUAUCCAGCGACUGCUCCUUUUUGAUGUUACAAUCAAUGAGGAGUCAAGCGACUGCGGCACUUAAAUGGACUGGAAAGGACUGUUCUUGACAGUGUCGUUGUGGUGUUUACUUUGUUGUGAUUCCUACAAAAAUGGAGCUUUCAAGGUUUUGUUGGUUUGAUGCACUUCAGAUCUCAGCCACAAGCAGCAUGAACAAACUCAUGGCUAUCUUGCACUUACUUGUUAUUGAAAUAAAAUAUUUUUUUCUAUUUUGUAAUGAUAAA